AUGUCAACCAGGGUGUUGAUCCAUGAUUACCCUCAUCGGACAGUAGCCCUUGCAACCGAGGAGCACGUCCUAGUAUUUCGCCAUUCCCACGCUGCACCGGAAAGUGGCAGAGCCUCAAUCUCGAGCUCGACUAGCCUCCCCCUGGCUAACGCGAGUCGAUCCAACGUAACACCCAGAUGUAUGGUCGAGUUUGGAGACAAGUCUCUCAUCAACCUCGAGCAUUUUCAUCCUGUCACCACCGCAAAGGGCACCUUGGGCCUUAUCACCCUGAAUAACGAUGUCUUCCUUUGCGUGAUCACAGGCUCGGAAGAGGUGGCCACUGUAAGGCCAGGCGAGACCGUCCAGAAGAUCUUCGCCGUGGAGUUUUACUGCCUCAACCGUGCAGACUACGACCAUGCCCAUGGGCCCUAUCCUAACCCAUACCCUGGGCAAGUCUUCCAGUCGGACGAUGUCGAUUACACUCAAGGAGACGAUGUCUCCGAGCAUCCCUUUCACGCGCUGAAGAAGCUCCUAAGCAACGGAAACUUCUACUACAGCGCUGAUUUUGAUCUUACACGACGACUACAGGAUCGUGCCGAGGCAGAAAACACCGUUGACAUUUCCGGUCUCGACGAAGGUCUCCUUUGGAACUCUUACAUGAUUGAUCCGCUGGUUAAAUUUAGGAGCAGGCUUACCGACCUCGAACGAAAUGCCCUUGACCGUUCUGGCCUCCUCACUUCUGUAAUUCGAGGCUUUGUCAAAAGUCUACCGAUCCCAGCUUCUUCCUCCCCAAUCCGGGGAACUGUCCCUGGUCCACCUACGACCCUGACCAUCAUCUCGAGGUUGUCCUCUCGAAGGGCUGGAACACGGUUCAAUUCUCGAGGCAUUGACGAUGAUGGUAAUGUUGCCAAUUUUGUCGAGACCGAGACAGUCUUCUGGUCUCCCACUGGCCUCUGCUUCUCAUACACCCAAGUGCGAGGCAGCAUACCGAUAUUCUGGGAAAGCUCGAGCAGUUUGAUACCUGGCCAACAAAAGAUCCAGAUAACUCGCUCGCCGGAGGCCACGCAGCCUGCGUUCGACAAGCAUUUCGCAACCUUGGAGAGAACGUAUGGUGCAGUUCACAUUGUGAAUUUGCUUAGCGCAUCAAAACCGGGUGAGGUCGAACUGACAGAGAGGUACCGCUAUCAUGUGGGUCGAAGCCCACUGCGACGACACGAGGAAGGCGAAGUAGAGGAACACCAUCUGCUCCACGAGACGGAAUUCGAUUUUCAUGAACGGACCCGUGGACCUACAGGAUACGAAGCGGCAAAAGCGAUUCGACCUUAUUUGGACGCAAGCGCAGAGUCGUUUGUUUACUUUCUCUCAGAGGAGAUCGAGGAGGUCGCCGUCGAGCAGGGUAGACGGAAGCUUGUCCGAAGGCCCAUUGUCAUUAUGCAGCAGAACGGCGUCUUCCGUGUCAAUUGUCUGGACUGCUUGGAUCGGACGAAUUUGAUCCAGGGCCUAAUAAGCCAAAUGGCAUUGGAGCUGUUUCUGUCGCACCGCGAUGAGCGAGGCAAUUCUGACUUUUGGAUGCGCCAUUCUGCAUUAUGGGCCGACAAUGGAGAUGUUUUGUCGAGAAUAUAUGCCGGGACUGGAGCGUUGAAGAGUUCAUUCACAAGGCACGGCAAGAUGAGUUUGGCGGGUGCUCUGGCGGAUGCCCGGAAGAGUGCUACUCGCCUCUAUGUCAAUCACUUCGAGGACAAGAACAGGCAAAACACUGUCGACCUAUUACUCGGCAGGUUGGUUGGACAGACGAGUGUCGACCUCUUCGACCCUAUCAACGACUGGGUGGUUGCAGAAGUUGUCAGACGAAGGGCCGAGUUUGAGUCCCGAGAUCAGCUCAGGCUCGGGAUGGGAACAUUCAACCUGAAUGGCAAGACGACAGGAAUUCAUGAGGACUUGACACCUUGGUUGGAUGUCCGCGGAAAAAAUCUGGAUAUCGUGGUGGUUGGGUUUCAGGAGAUAGUCGAGCUGAGCCCGCAGCAAAUCAUGAGCACAGACCCUAAUCGUCGGAUGCUGUGGGAAAGGGCAGUCAGAAACUGCCUCAAUGGCCAUGGCCCCGACGAGAAAUUUGAGGGUGUACCCACAAAAGGGGAUGAAUAUGUUCUUUUGAGGAGCGGCCAAUUGGUGGGAGCUGCAUUGAUGGUCUUUGUCCGUGCAAGCAUUCUGGGUCGAAUCAAGAAUGUGGAGGGUGCCAUCAAGAAAACGGGCAUGAGCGGGAUUGCCGGGAACAAAGGUGCCGUCGCCAUCAGGAUGGAUAUUGAAAGCACGUCGGUGUGUUUUGUCACUGCCCACUUGGCCGCCGGGUUCGCCAACUACGAGGAGCGAAAUCGAGAUUACAACACCAUCACCUCUGGCCUGAGGUUCCAGCGCAACCGAAGCAUCGAAGACCACGAGAUCAUCGUCUGGGCUGGGGACUUCAACUAUCGAAUCGGUCUGGGUUACGAGCGAGUCAAAGCCCUCGUCAACGAAGCGAUGAUUGGUUCGGAAAAGAUCAGGGAAGAGGCAUUGGGCAAGCUUUACGAGAACGACCAACUAAACAUUCAAAUGGUGGUGGGGAAUUGCUUCAACUAUUAUCGCGAAGGACGGGUAAAAUUUCUGCCCACAUACAAGUACGACAUUGGCAAAGACGAGUUCGACUCGAGUGACAAGCAGCGCAUACCUGCUUGGACCGACCGGAUUCUCUGGAAGGUCAACCACACCCGCAAUGUGGUCCAGGCUGGAGAGGUUCUUGGCUCGCAGAUGAAGCAGUUGGAAUAUGACAGCGUCAUGGGCCUGAGGUUCAGUGAUCACAGGCCCGUAUACGCCAUAUUUGACGUGGGGAUCCGGGUGGUAGACAAGGAGAAGAAGGAUACAUUGACCAAAAAGCUAUAUUCGAAGAGGGCGAAAGAAAUGAAAAGCAAAGCCGGAGAUUCCACAGAAGGGCUGGAUGACUUGGAAACCGAUGACGAGACCGACAGUGUCAUGGAGAGUCUCAUGGGAUACGAGAGCAUCCAGGAAGGGCUUCCUCCGGCUAGCAGCGACAAACGAAAGUGGUGGUUGGAUGGGAACAGAGCUGCGAGAAGCACAAUUCGGCCACCAAAGGAAGGCAUGAUGUUGAGCGGUAAUCGCGAAGGUAACCCAUGGAGGGAGGGCGGGGAGGGCGGGGAGGACGACUGGGUCGAGGUCGAGCGACCACCGAUCAUGGACAACAACAAGCAAGGCAACAGACUGGGAAGCAGGAAGCCAGAACCACCGCCACCGAGAACGGUGAAGAGAAUGGUUCCGCCUCCCUGGGAGGGAGAACGAGCUACAACGCCUUCCACCGCGGCGGCGGAGAUGAAGGCCCUUCGACGUCCGACGCCCCCUACACCACGCGGCGGUUUGGCUUCUCGGAACAGGGCUUCCAGCGCCACGACCUCUCCUAUACGGUCGGCCAUGUCGUCGGCGAGCGAUCUAGCCAAUAUCCCAGCACGGUCCUCGUCGGCGGCGGGAUUCCCCAAGAAACGGCCGCCACCCAAACCCACCAAGCCGUCGGCUCUCACCACCUCAUCCAGCCAGGUCGCGGUUCCGCAACUGAGCCCUCUCCCCGCCCCGGUCAUGCCACGACUGGCGAGCGUUUCCCGACCAGACGGUCCCGCCGCGCCUGGUGACUAUGACGAGCGUCCUCCUCCACUACCCCGGCGUCAGGAGACGGCGAGUUCGACCGCCUCGUUCGUGAGCGCGGCUGAUUCUCUCGCCUCGGCGCCCAGCGCGAGACUACCGCCACCGCCGCCACCAAUGAGGGUCUCGAAACUGCAGCAUCAGCAGACCCUGCGCCAUGACGGCGCGAACGAUCCUCCUGCACCACCACUGCCCCCGAGGAGGGACACUGCCCGCGGCAGUAUCGGUAGUACUGGUAGUAACGGCAACGGCAACGGCCCGGCUUUGCCCACGAGGAAAAGACCCGACCUUGAUGCCAACACGGAUGCCAACGCGAACGGAGACCUCAUGGACGAUGAUGACGGACCCGGCGCGAGCAGGUUGGAGAGGUAUAAGCCGCUCAUGCCCAGUUGA